CGAAGGGGAAGAGGGCUAAGGCUGCUUGUGGGUCGGAGGCGUCAGAGGUGUCGGUGCUGCCGUUAUUAUGGCCGCUGCCGCCACGUCUCCUGCUGAUAAGGAGAGAUUCAUCUGCAUUUAUCCAGCAUAUUUGAAUAACAAGAAGACAAUAGCAGAAGGAAGAAGGAUACCUAUAGACAAAGCUGUUGAAAACCCUACGUCUACAGAAAUCCAAGAUGUAUGUGCAGCUGUGGGAUUCAACGUGCUAUUAGAGAAAAAUAAGAUGUAUCCUAGAGAGUGGAACAGAGAUGUGCAGUACAGAGGUAGAGUACGAAUACAGCUCAAACAAGAUGAUGGCAACCCAUGUUUACCUCAGUUUCCAACACGUAAAUCAGUGAUGCUCUAUGCUGCAGAAACCAUUCCCAAACUGAAAACAAGAACCCAAAAGAUGGGAGGUAGUGAUCAAAGUCUUCAGCAAGGAGAGGGAGGCAAGAAAGGUAAAGGGAAGAAAAAGAAAUGAGCUCACAUCUGGAAUAAUUGUUACAUCACAUAGUUGUACGUAUGACAAAUAUGGAUGGACACAUUACUGCUGCAACUUUGGAGUGAAAGAUAACGAGCAAGAAAUAAACAGGUGAAACUGAAUAGAACUGCCUCAUUUUCUCAGAACUGGAAUGCAUGUUGCUGCCUCGCAUCUGUGUAACAAUAAAUAUGUCUUCAUACACAACCUGCAAGUCUGAAGCUAGCAUCCACUUUUAAAAGCAGAAGAACAUAGGCAAAUGGGGUGGGCAGGAGAAUUAUUCUUUCUGGAAGAAAUAUGCAGCUUUUGAUAGAUAAAUAAAUGUUCUUAUGCAGACUAGAUAUCUGAAAACUGGUUGCCUUAGUAAACCAUUUAUCUAUGCUAGUAAAGUGAUUGUCUUAAUUCUGGAGAGUCUUUAUCACUAAUAGAAAAAUGUAAAUCAAUGAGGUUGUGGCUCUGUAAACUUCCCUUGCUAAUAAUCUUUCACAACUGUCAAAUGUACUAAUAAAGGUGACGUGUUAAUUCUAUAAAAUUACAUUUUUUAAAAUA